CGUGAGACAGCUGAUAGGAGGACUAAUUUGAAUCUGGAAGAGAUGGGAUUCGGCGACCUCGAUUACAAGGAAGUAAUCGAGCGACAAUUUCACAAAGAAUUGAUGUACGCAAGAGAGAACAUUAAUCCUGGACCUGGCGAAGACGGGAACUAUUGGGAGAAGAAGUUUGACAAGGCAAAUUUUGUACCAGUCUACAGAAAAGAACUCCUGGACGAGUUCAUAGAAAAGCUAAGGCGAGCUGUGUCGGGACAAGAUGAGAUGUGGAUAAGGGAAACGGAGAUAUGGAGUAAGUGUCAAUCUUGGUAAUGAGUAACGGGGAAGACAGUGCAGUACUGGUUUGUUUGUUAGUUCGAGACCUCGUGUCAACUUUCCUGUGCUUACCUCGAAUACGCUAUUUCUGAUAUUCAAUAUGCCAUAUGAGA